UUGAUUGCAUGAACAACAUAAACCAAGCUAGGACAAUCGUGAUUGCACAAGUAUUGCUUAAUAAAAGUAGCAUGACUAUUAUUAUAUAAAUAUAAUGAUUCGUCUAGAAACAUAUGCGUUUGGAUCUUGUUCACAACCCUGUUCACAACCAUACAGAGAACUCUGAAACUUAAAGUAAAAGGCCUACAACAUGCAGACUUCAUACAUACCUCCUGACACAAUAUCUACAUCACCAAUGGAGAUCAUCAAUAAAAUGUGUCCUCCAAAAGAUCCUGAUGAUGUUGAUUGCAAAAUGAAUACAAAACAACCAACCAGUAGAAGGAAACAAAAUAGGAAAGGAGUGAAAGAUGGAGAACAAAGACAAUUUGUGAGUUUAUCUAACAAACUAGAAAUUGUGAAGUUGUUUGGUGGAUUACAACUUGCAGAAAAUGAAGGACAUGAUGUUGAAGAGCACCAGGUUACACAACUCCCAGAACGUUUUGCACUUGCAACUUCAGACAAAAUGUUUUGCUCUUUCUGCUCAUGUCCUUUUGAGAACAGAUUACAACAGAAAGACCACUAUAAAUUAGAUUGGCACAGGUUUAACUUAAAGCAAAGGAUCAUGGGGAAGCAACCCAUAUUGGAAGAAGAUUUUGAGAAAAUAACAGAUAAUGUUUCCAGUAUCUCGGGAUCUGAAAGCAGCACGUCAGAGAGUGAUGUGAAAGAAGAUGAUCUAUCACCAACAUCAUUCAAGAAGAUUUCAUUUCCUCAUGCAAGAAGUCAUGCAGGUAGACAAAGUGAGACAGAAAGCGAUGAUGAAGCAUCACCUAAUCACAGAAGACAGCCGAAAGUGCAUUUCAGGAAUGCCAGUGGUCAUGUGAUCUCUGUUCACCGGUGCCUGUUACAUGGAAAGAAGAAUAUUCCGAGUCAGGAUUCCGAGCUUUCGUCGUUGGCAAAAAGUUUGCCUGAACGUCUGCAAUGGUUGAUUUUAAUGGCUGGAGGUGGCCAUUUUGCUGGAGCAGUGUUUCAUGGUGAAACUGUAGUGGUGCACAAGACAUUCCAUAGGUAUACUGUGAGAGCCAAGCGAGGCACAUCUCAGGGACUCCAUGAUAAACAGGCGGGAAAAAUCUCAAAGUCAGUCGGUGCUAAUUUAAGACGUUAUAAUGAAGCAGCAUUGAUUGAUGAUAUUCACCAGGUGUUAAAAUCAUGGGAGGAACACAUCAACGCUUGCACACAUGUGUUCCUACGUGCACCCAGCCACAAUCGUACGAUUUUCAUAGGAGGGAAAAAUGCUGUUUUUGAUAAGAAUGACCUCCGGGUUGUUAACAUCCCUUUUGCCACACGAAGACCAACGUUCAGGGAACUGAAGCGUGUUCAGGAGAUUCUUAGUACAGUGCAAAUUUAUGAACCUGGAACUGAUAUAAACAGUCUAAUGAGAAAGUCACCAACGAGAACUGAAGAUUUUGUAGGGAAGAACCUUACAGAAGAAGCAUCUCCUGAUGCAGUUGACAGUGAAAGAGUAGAUGAUGAAAUACAAAGAAGGAAGUGUCAAGAACCUGUACCACAGGAAGCUAAGACUCUUGCAGAUUUAGAAUCAGAUGAUGGAUGUGCAAAUAUAGAACUAGUCUUUGAGGAAGUAACAACAUCAACUGACCACCUUAAGGAGUUUGAUAUUUCCAAAAAAAAAAGGAGGAAAAGAAAACCGAAAGUGAAAGACGAGGAAAAUAAGCAAGAAAAUAAAGAUCCCUCUCUGAAGAUCCUACAGUAUGAUGCUUACACAGCAUGUAAAACUGGAAAUACUUGUGUUUUGAAAGAUCUGCUGUCUACUCAAAAUUCUAAUAAUGACCAACCAAAAUCAAAUACACAGUCAGAUGAUGCCCCAGUUAAUGUAGACACAGUAAAGAUAAUUAAUGAGGCUUUAGAUGCAAGCAAUAUUACCUUACUUCAUGUAGCUGCAGAAACAGGUCAAAUGUCAAUUGUCCGCACUCUGUUAGAAGCAGGUGCUGACCCAACACUGAGAAAUAGCAAAGGACUCCCACCAUUUUGUGUUUCUAAAGACAAAGAAACAAGAAAUGAAUUUAGACGGUACAUGGGUGCAUUCCCAGAUCAACAUGACUAUGCUAAAGCCCAGAUACCCAGUCCACUAACACCAGAAAUGGAACUAGAAAAGGCUGCAAAAAAUGCUGAAAGGAAAAAGGCUCAGAAAAAGAUUAAGAAGACCAAACAAAAGGAACAAAGGGAAGAGCAAAAGAAGCAGGAUGAGGAGGAACAGAAGAAGAAAUGGUUUAUGUCACUGAGUGAUCGGGAAAAACGGGCAGUUGCAGCAGAACGGAGAUUGAUGAAGGAUUCAUCAAUUUCAUCCGGAGCACUGCGAUGUUGGCUCUGCGGCAAGACUGUUGCAGGAAAACCAUUCUCAUAUCUGGAGUUUAACUUCUGCAGCAUUGAGUGUCUCAAAAAACACAAAGCAAGUAAUAAAUGAUGUCACAACCCAUGCUGAUGCCUCCAAACUUCACCUGAAACGUCUAUAUCUUCAGCAAAAUUUAUGAUUAUUGUUGGUUUUGCUACAAUUUAGUUGCAAUUUGAUGUAGUAAGCAACAUUAGUCAACAUGGUGCAGUGUCCAUAUUUGACUACAUAAAUAUUCUCAAAGUAUACUGAUGAUCAACUGUGUUUUUACAUGAUAAAUCUAGGGCUCCUUACACUCAGCUGCCAUUAGGCUGUCUUAAUGUUUGAGACAAACUUCAAAGACCAUUGGUUGAUGUUACAGUUCCAGAGAGCCCAUCUUCCUUUAUUCGAAAGGUUCAUAUUCGUUUUAAUUCUUUGUUAUUGUGAUUUUUCUGUUUUGGUUAUUUGUGAUUGGGGAUGGGCCAACCAGCACUACUACAGCUCACUGGUUCAGUCCAGUUCUGGUCUUCCCAUUUUGUUUUUGGACCAAAUAUAUAAUGAAAUGAAAUAGUAUUCAGUAUUUUGUAAGUAUAAUUAAUCAUGAAUAAUUUAUUAAAUUAAUUAUUCAUGUGAACUACUGAAAAAUGACUGUAAUGUUUGAUUAAAACACGUCAAAAUAAUAAUGUUGCAAUUAUUUGUGUUCACUUUAGAAAAUGAGUAAAAUAUUUCAUAUUUUUAAAUUUCAACCAUGCUUUGUAAUCUACAGCUAUUAAAAAUAGCAACAUCCUCAGCUGUCCCUCUUCAAUUGGAUGUGAAUUAUAAUAGCGCUUUCCACUAAGCCCCGCCCCUUUGAUGUUGUUAAGGUCCCAUUAUACGACAAUGUUAAAAAUAUGUAAACAACAUCCUUUUGUGGGACAACACGCUUUGAGACGCAUGUACUCCACGCUCUGUUCUGAUUGGUCAGUUCUGAAGUUUGAUUGACACUCUGGAUAGUUCCAUUUUACCAUAUAUGCAACAACUCACGAUAAACUACUAUGGAUAAUCCAAUUUGUAAUAAUUGAAUAAAACGGAAAAAAUCUUAAGUUUAAAAAAAA